GACAUGGCUGAGGAAACCUCUGCACAUGGUGCUCUCCAUGUGCUCUUUCAGCAGACAAUGACCCUCUUGAAGGAUGAGAUUGACCACAAAGGUCCUGAUGGCCGUGCUCGAUACACUGAUGUUUGUGAAUGGCUGUCCAGUAAGAUUGCAACUCCAGAGCAGCGAGGUGUGCAUGGGCAGGCCCUUCGAGGCCUCUUCCUGGAUUGCUCGUCAGCCCUGGGAUUCUCUCAGACAACAGAACACCAGGAGUUCUACCCUGACAUUGCAGACUACAAGACUGGAAGCGGUCCAUCUGCCACCCCAACAAGGUUUAAGCUGCGACUGUGGCAGCUGGGUGUUGCUGAGGUUUCCCAUGUGAAGGGUGCACCGCCUCUGCAUGGUAUCAGAGACUGCAUGCAGAAAUUCUUGGUGACUUCAGGAGCAGAGACAGACAAGUACCCUUUGGAGGUGCUUUUGCACUGGCCACAGGUGGACAGCAGGUUCGACCGCAUUGUGACACAGAAGCAGAACCUUGGCUCCAGAAAGACACGGCACGACCUGCUGCAGGAGGCCAUCUCGAAGCACAACAGGCAAGCAGUGGGGAAGGCCAGGGUGAACCCGGAUGAGAUUUCGGCCCUGUAUGUGUUCGACCAGGCGCCACAGUCUGUACGCCGACUGCUCAAGGUGAUUUGGGGGACAGAGGCCCCCCAGUACACAGCCAUCACUCUGGGCUGCAUUGCAAUGCCUCAUUUCAAUCCAGGCAAGCCACAGUUGGGGCUUCUUCGAGUCCAGCGGGAAGCCAACCCAUUGUGGUAUGAGAUUUGCAGGCAUUCAUGGGCCAAGGUGGAGGAGACAUUUGUCAGGAUGCAGGCCAAGUGGGACAUGAAGAUCAAGGAGUACUUGGACCGAAAUCAGGACAUGAUGAGGGCACAUCGAACAGCAGUCCAGCGCUACAGUGUCCAGACAAUUGCUGCUGAGUGUGAGUGGCAAAAGUCCAAGCAGGCUGCAGUCGAGGCAUCAUGGACAGAGCACCAGGUCUAUUUUCAAGUGGGUGUGGGCAAGACUUGCAGUGCUGCAGUCCCAGUCAUUGGAGUCCUCAAUGUUCCUAUGCUGGGGAAUGCGGCCAGUGCAGUCAUCAAGCAGAUGACCGGCAAGAUUUCAGUGGAACUGUCCCACAGUCCCAACACACUGAUGUACAUCAUUGUCCCCCCGAACCAGCCUGUGCAUGGAGUUGGAAGAGUCUCCAAGAAUGAGCGUGAUCAGAAGGUUCUGGCCCACCAGCUGUUGUGGAAGAGUGAGCUGGAGACUAUGGAUAAUGCAAUCAUCCUGAGAGCAUCUGCAUUGUUUGAUGUCGAAACAAUGUACAGUGAUGAACGAGACUUGGGCAUUGAAUUGUGGGUGGUGCUGCCACAGGGACCUCCUGCAGCAGAGACUGGAGAUGAUGGGAUGGCAGUCCUACAGUCCCCUGCUUCAACACAGUCCCAAGGCUCACAGUCCACAGUCUCACAGUCCUUGCAGUCCAUUCAGUCCAAGAAUGUUUUUGCAAGCUCUGUCCUUGUGAAGAGGAAGGCAAUCCCAGGUUUGGUGCAUUGCAUGGAGCGCAGCAAGAUGCAGAACUUUGGCAAGGACCUCUCAUUUGCCCAGGGUGGGGCCACCAAUGGAGAUAUGGACUUGGAGCGAAAAUUGACUUCAAUAUUUCGGGAAAGCAGAAGCUUUCUCAUGGACAUGAUUAUGGCAGCUGUGAAGGGCACCAAGAUGAGUCGGAGCCACACUGUCAUUGUCAAGGAUGUUGCACCAUAUGAUGCAGAGCUGGCUGUGACUGUUGCUAGUCUCAAUGCAGUCACCCCGAGGACCUGGCCUGACUUCAGUUAUGUUGGUUCUUCAUGGGUUGGCAACCAGGGUUUCAAGGAGCAGGUGGCAAGCAACAUUGAAGCAGUCAUUGCUGAGCAUGUCAAGGCUGCCAUUGGACGUGGUGAGUACCCCCUGGCCAGGCUUCCAGAUGGAGUAUCCCAGGCCCCAGUCCCACAGUCCCACGGUCCACCACAGCUCAACCUGGAAGACUUCAAGUUGACUUUGCCAUCCCCGAACAAUGAGCUUCUACUUUUGAUGGACACUGUUUCCAAAGGGAAGCGCUGCAACAAGGUGGUUCUGCCUGAGACAGAGAUGUGGAAGGGAAUGUCGUGGCCUGAUAUUUUGAAGAAGCACAAUGAUGAGUUCAACCCUUCAGGGACAAUCCGUCAGAAACGUGAUGCAGAAGUCCCUGUCCAGGA